CACAGAUGUAGGCACGCUGAGUGAGAGUGAUAUUGCCAACAUGGAUGACAUUGUUCAGUUGAUGGGUCCUGUCAAAAUGGCAACCACUGUGAUGUGUGAAGAAGACCAGCCAACUCUCUCUGUAAUUGCUCCUCUUCAAGCAAAACUGCUGAAACACCUACAGCCAUGCGAAGACGACUCAACCCUGGUUGCAGAGAUUAAGAGGGUGAUGGCCAGUGACCUCUCCACACGCUACAGAGGCACCCAAGAUGCUCUCAACAUAGCAUCAGCUGGAAGCUCAAGCACAAAGCUGUCAGGAUUCAAUGAAGAGACCACAGCUCCAAAUGAGUCACCUCCUUGUAAGAAGAAAGCCUUAGAUGCGCUGUUUGGCGAUUCCUUCACCCAAAGAGAAAGAAAAUCCACAAGCGAGACAGCCAGAGCAGAGGUGUUAAAGUACCGAGCAAAAGAUGCGUUGCCUUUGACUGAAAAUGCCAUGAAGUGGUGGAGAUCUCAGGAGAAAGAGCUACCUGUACUUUCCACCCUUGCUAAACGGUACCUGUGCAUUCCAGGCACCAGUGUGCCAGCAGAACGAGUUUUUAGUACUGCUGGCGACAUAGUGAACGCACAGAGAAGUGUUCUGCAGCCAGAUCAUGUUGAUCAGUUGAUAUUUUUGAAAAAAAAAUCUGUAGUCAUUGAAGAGUAGCCUAGUAGGUU